UUUGCUCCAGAUUAGUUUUUGUCAGAGUGAGGGAGUCAGGAAUUUUUUGACAAGUUUUUCGUGAACAUUAGGCAGUUUCAGGAGAAAUAAUGCAAAAUCCGAACGAAGACACUGAGUGGAAUGACAUCCUCAGGGCUAAGGGAAUUAUUCCUGCGAAAAAGGAAAAGGGAAUCACUGAGGAUGAGAUUGUUGAUAUCCUAGAGAGCACGAUUGACAAUAAGACUGGGAGAGGAGGCAAUAAUUUAGAGGAUAAGGAUCUGGACGAGCUCGAUGAACUGGAAGAUGAGGAGGAUGAGCGAGUCCUACUGGAAUAUCGUAAAAAGAGAAUAGCUGAGAUGCAGGCACUUGCUGAUAAAUCUAAAUAUGGAGAUGUCAGGGAAAUUUCAGCGUCUGAUUAUGUUCAGGAGGUUAACAAUGCAGGGGAGGAUAUUUGGGUCGUUCUACAUCUUUACAAGCCCGGGAUUCCCCUCUGCUCGUUAAUCGAUCAGUAUUUAUCAAAUUUAGCGAGAAAAUUUCCAACAACUAAAUUCUUGAAGAGCGUUUCGACUACUUGCAUCCCCAACUGGCCAGAUAGGAAUUUGCCUGCAUUAUUUAUUUAUCACAAUGGAAAUAUGAUGAAGCAAAUAAUCGGGCCCAUCGAGCUCCGAGGAAUGAAACUCUCUGAGGCUGAACUGGAGUGGAUGUUGGGCCAGGUGGAGGCCGUACCCACAAAAAUCAAAGAGGACCCAAAGCCAAAGGUCAGAGACGUUUUAUUUUCCACUCUGAGGGGAUCCAACGAUUCUGAAGACGUCAACGACAGUGACGAUUGGUGACACAACUCCUUUCGGAUAAUUUCGGAUAAGUCGAGCUGAUUUUUUUUUUAUCGAAUAAAGAGUUCAUCGUUCAUA